AAUGGCGCUGCCGAUUGAUUGUUACGGUUAGAGAAGACACCGUGGAAUCGCGAUGCGUAUAUAUCGCGAAAAUAUCGAAGUAUCGACGGAUCAGCGAGAAGAGCGCUGCUCCCCUCCGUGAGCUGUUAGAGAAAACUCCGUAUUGCUGUCAGUGGUCGACGAACGAAGUGUUCAGUCGACAGAGGGAAAACAUCGUAAGAAUAGGCUGAUUACAGUGCCGCUCCGUAUGACAGACGGAGCUGUCAUAUCCAGCGAGAACGUACCUUUAUCCCUGAAACCUUCGAAGACAUUAGCGCAACAAUGGCGAUGGGCAAAGGGUUUCGCGUCUACGAAAAACUAAAACCACCUAGUCCUCAUUCCCUUAUACUGGAGCAACGAAAUCGAAAAGAGACUGUCCUGUUCGAGGCGCAAGCUGUAGCCGUUCUUUCUGCCGAGGAAACGGAAUCUUUGAAAAGCAAAUACACAAAAUUAUUAGAUGCCUACGGAUGCUUAGGUGUAUUGCAAUUGAAUGCUGGAGAGAAUACAUUGUUGUACCUUGUUCUUGUUACUGGCUGUUUCUCGGUUGGUAAAAUAGGCGAAUCGGAAGUGUUCAGAAUCACUCAAACACAUUUUGUACCGUUACAUUAUACACAAGGCAAUGAGGAUCGGGUGUCUGAAGUUAGGAAGGUUCUUAAUUCCGGUACAUUCUAUUUCUCAUGGUCCCCUGGACUCCAAGAGUCUCUUGAUAUUACUCUUAGUGCACAGAGACGGUGCAAAGCUACAACGACUGAUAACAGAUUUUUCUGGAAUCGAAUGUUACACAUACAUUUGCUGAGGUAUGGAGUAGACACCAGUCAUUGGUUACUUAAAGCUAUGUGUGGUAGCGUGGAAAUUCGAACUGUGUACGUUGGCCACAGACAGGCACGCGCUGUCCUCAUGUCUAGAUUAAGUUGCGAACGCGCAGGCACCAGGUUUAAUGUCAGAGGAACUAAUGAUGAUGGACAUGUAGCAAACUUUGUAGAAACAGAACAAGUCAUAUAUUUAGACAAUGAAAUAACUUCUUACGUUCAAACUAGAGGCUCUGUUCCUUUGUUCUGGGAACAGCCCGGCAUUCAAGUUGGUUCGCAUAAAGUAAAAAUUUCACGCGGCUUCGAGGCCUCUGCACCAGCAUUCGAUAGACAUUUAGACAUGAUCAAGCAACGGUAUGGCCAACAAGUAAUUGUCAAUCUCCUUGGAUCUAGUCUCAUCGGUAACAAAGAAGGAGAGGCAAUGUUGAGUCAGUUAUUCCAAACUCAUCACAACAUGUCGGAGCAUAAGGAUGUGCCUCAUAUUCUGUUCGACUACCAUCAAGAAUGUAGAGGCGGCAACAUGAAGAACCUCUCAAAAUUGAAGGCGAAAGUAGAGAAAUAUUUAGAAUCAUUUUCAUUAUUCUAUGCCGUUAAUCAUUCCGUUAUGUUUGAACAAAUUGGAACUAUUAGAACGAAUUGCCUCGAUUGUUUAGAUAGGACAAAUUGUGUACAAACGUUCUUCGCGUUAGAAAUACUCGGCAAACAGCUUGGACUGUUGAAGCUGCUGGAGAAGCAGCAGAUGGUCUCCAGGUUUGAGGAGGUAUUUAGGCAAAUGUGGAUCAACAACGGUAACGAAGUGAGUAAAAUAUACGCCGGUACUGGAGCGAUUCAAGGGAGUUCGAAAUUAAUGGACGGUGCAAGAUCCGCGGCGAGAACGAUACAAAAUAAUUUAUUGGACUCUAGUAAGCAAGAAGCUAUCGAUGUCUUAUUAUUGGGAUCAACGUUGAACACAGAAUUAGCGGAUAGAGCCAGAUUACUUCUACCUUCGAACAUGCUACACGCACCGCCAAGCGUUCUAAGAGAAAUGUGCAAAAGGUAUAACGAGUAUGUGACCCCAAUGAAUCUUAGAGUAAGUGUCGGUACUUAUAACGUUAACGGCGGGAAACACUUUCGAAACGUAGUGUAUAAAGAUGUUUCCCUUUCUGACUGGUUACUAGAUGCACCACGUAAAUCAACAUCUCUAGUAUCAAUCGAUUAUGACAAUGUUCCUGUAGAUAUAUUUGCGAUAGGGUUCGAAGAAAUCGUUGAUUUAAAUACCAGUAAUAUAAUGGCUGCUAGUACUGAUAACGCGAAAGCUUGGGCAGAGGAAUUGCAGAAAGUACUUUCACGAGACACCGAAUACGUUCUGGUCACGUACCAGCAAUUAGUCGGUGUUUGUCUUUAUUUAUUCAUACGACCUGUACAUGCACCUUACUUAAGGGACGUAGCCGUAGACUGCGUGAAAACUGGAUUAGGAGGUGCAACAGGUAACAAAGGAGCGGCUGCUAUUAGAUGUGUGUUGUAUUCUACAUCUUUCUGUUUCGUUUGCGCGCACUUUGCUGCUGGACAGUCUCAAGUUAAAGAGCGUAAUGCAGAUUACGCGGAGAUCACGCGAAAAGUAACAUUCCCCAUGGGAAGAACGCUGAACACCCACGACUAUGUGUUCUGGUGUGGUGAUUUUAACUAUAGAGUCGACAUGGACAAGGACGAGAUGAAAGAGAUGAUUAAACGAAACGAAUUGGACCAAAUAUUACAGUACGAUCAACUCAGGGUCCAACAGGAGCAAGGGAACGUCUUCAAGAAUUUCCUAGAAGGUCCUAUCAAUUUUGCGCCUACAUAUAAAUAUGAUCUCUUCUCCGAGGAUUACGAUACUAGUGAAAAAUGCCGACAGCCAGCAUGGACCGACAGAGUUCUAUGGAAACGUAGGAAACAAGUACCUGAUAUUGAUUCACCCUCAGACUGGAAUCCAGGGAAAUUAGUUCAUUACGGUAGAGUGGAAUUGAAACAGAGCGACCAUCGUCCGGUGAUCGCGAUCGUCGAUAUAGAUAUUCAUUGCGUCGAGCCCGAGAAACGAGAGAAAGUAUUUAAAGAAGUGAUAGAGGAUUUAGGUCCGCCCGACGGCACCAUCGUGGUGAAAGCUGUGGAGGAAUCCGACGACAUGGACAGCGUGUUCGACGAGAACUUCAUGAUGGCGUUGCUGCAAGAUUUCUCGCACAUCGGCGAGGUGAUCCUCGUCAGAUUCGUCGGCGAGACGAUCUGGGUGACGUUCAGGGAUGGCCAGUGCGCGUUGGCUGCAGCUAAAAAGGCCAUGACACAAGUAUGCGGCCAGACUUUGAAGUUGUCUUUGAAGUCGCCGAAUUGGGUGCAAGUAAUAGAGAAGGAGAUAGAGCUGUGCAGCAACACGACCGUUGCACAGUUCACGUCGAUGUCUCCGGUAAGGAGUCCCAUGCACAGAUUAGAACAGCUGGAAAUAACGGACCGAGGUUCGCCGAGCAGAGGCAGUCCGAACGGAGUGGUUCCACCGCCUAGACCAGCCCCACCCGGUAGACCGUCUCAGCCACCGAAAAGUCCGAUUCAAGAUCGGAAGCAAGGGCCACGCGCUGGUGUAUUCAGCGUGUUGCCUAAUCAGUUUCCAGCGCCAUUGUCCAGAGAAAGAACGGGAGCCGAACAAAGCGAAAGACUAUCACCGGAAUCAGCGAUUUAUGAAGAGAUUUUAGAUGGAUCUCCUAGUUAUCCUAUACCAAACCGUCCGCCGCCGCCAUUACCUCGCACAGACGCUUCGCAAGAACCGUCUAGCAGACCGCCUAGCUCUAAACCUCCUCCGUUGCCUCAAAGACAAGCUCCUCCUCCACCGCAACAUCCGCCGCCUAGUUUACCAGCGUCGAACGUUCCGCCGCCCAUACCGGCGAGAACGUCGGGAGGACCACCUAUUCCAGCUAGAAAUCCACAUUAAAUAAUUCGUUGUCUCAUUCCAAUGCGAAUCAGAUCAUUAGGGAUCAUUGUGUAGCUAAUUAUUUAUGAAUAUCGUUAGAAAGUUCUACGUAAAAUAGACCCGCUUCCGAGUAACGUUGUACAGCUGUUGUGUAACUUUAAUCGCAAACCUCAAGUCUAUUCUGUGAUUAGUCGAAACUCUGUUCCCAUGCACCGUGGAAAAAAAACGUAUACUCCCUUCGCGCACCACUUUCCUAUACAUCAAUAUUGGACGUGUAACCGAGAGUUCGUUGAAUACCUCAGAUUUCAUUAUUAUGAGUAUAUAAUAGUGGAUACGCAGAAUUUAGCCGAGCGCAUUGUAGAGUUUAAUGGCUUCUUGAUAGUCGUUGAAAUGUAAACGAAAUAAUUAUGUUAACGAAUUCUAUGCUGUUAAAAAGUGUCAUAUGAAUAUAAUGUUCUGAGAAAGAAAUUUAUCGUAGUGAAAGUAUUAGAAGAUCAUCGUUGUCACGCCCCAGGCUUGGAGGAAAUGAAGCAACGAUACAAGUUACGUUUCUAUGAUACGUUGAUUUUAUUCACGUGUACCUUAAAACUUGUUUACCGACCAUGUAUUUUUCUUGUUACAUCUUACCAUAUUUUUCUAAACGGAAGGAAUGACAAAAAAAAGAAGAAAAAGAAAAACAAAGUUUAUAAUCGACAUAGCUUUCGAGGAUCGAUGAAAAGAGAAGCUUAAGUUUGUAAAUUGAAUGAAUAAGGAAAGAGCAAUACUAGAGUAAUGCUAACACAGUAUUCUUAUAAAAUACUUUCCACACAAGUAUAUAUUCUGUGUAUGAAAUAUGUACAACCGUUGACCAAUCAAUGUUUCUUUUUUGAGUUGGUAGAGAAUAGCAAAUAUAAGAAAUUGUUAUAACAACAUAUAAAAAUAUUAAUCAAUAAACUUUCAAUUUGAAGACACUGUCAGAAAGAAUAAAACAUUGCUAUAUUUAUUUUGUAGUUUCAUGUAUUGUAUUAUUGUACAUAUACGUAUAAAGAUCGAUACAAGAUAGAAGUAAAAUGAGAUUCUAUGUUUACACAUCGAAAACAAAAAGCAUUCUUAAUUACUUUCCAGGAAUCAGAAUAAUAAGUACUUAAUAUGCGCGCGGUAAUAUUCAUGGAAUGUUCCCCUUCUACAAGAAACCAAAAACAGAGUUUUAUAAAGAGGUUCUUUUAAUAGAUACACAAAGCCUUUAAUUUUAAAAAGACAAUGGAAAUA